CGUGUAUCAGAUGGAUUAGCACACCGAGUACAUUGUUUAUGAUCUGAGACAGAUUAGGAUGCGUUAUCUCGUCCAUAUCAGAACACAACCUGGAAACUAUAAAUAUCCUAUCAUCAUCUUCUUCUCUUUUUUUUUAAUCAUGUGAUUAUUCUUUUACAGGAAAGUCUACUAAGCAAAAAGAAAAAAAAAGAAACUCUACUAUUAAUUAAAGUCAAAUUGUUUUUUGGUGGUCAUCGUUUAUAGGACAGCCAUGAUUAUAGCUACGUAUUAAAAGUAUAAAUUAAUAAUGGAAUUUCCUUUUAUAUUAGUGAAUCGGUAUGGUUUAGUUGGAUAAAGCUAAUUUUUUUUUAUAAUGUCAGAAUCGAAGCAUGCCAAUGCGCAUCCUAUAACCCCCUCCCAGUGUUUAUUAUGUUUACGUAGUUAAUUAGCCUUUUUUCUUUUCUGACAUCAAACGACUGAUCUAAUACUCAAAUUUGAAGUGGUCUGGAGAAUCAGAUCGGAAUAGAACAACCAAUGUAAUACAUAUUCCUAUUGAAGGAUUUCACUAUCUUAGCUAAUGAAUCAAACAAUACAUUUUCAGAUCAAGAAAUAAAAACAAUAGAUAAUUAUGAGAAUAUGCUCUUCAGCUUCUGCAGCUCGUCCAAUUCAGUUGAGAAGUUAGGCCAUGUUCCUGGGUCUUGAAUCAUCGAGAUUAGAUCCUUACAAUCUGUGCCAAAAGCUUAACACGUCGAUAGCUGAAGCAUGUGCUACAUCGCACACGAGAGGGCCUCGAGCUUCGAGUGAAGUGGUGAGAUUCUUCAUCACUAGUUUCGUGCUCCCAAUAGCUGAGUUGUUUCUCCUUAGGUCUUCCAUGUUCAUCCAUAACCACUAUAGUGUGCAUCAUGUGUCCAUGAUCCAUCUAUCAUGCAUCUCUCAGAAUUUGUUAACUGCUCAAGGUUUUGUGCAACUACGUGUUCCUCUUGUUUGCUGUUUGUUUAGAACCAAACAUAACAUUCUGACUUAGCAUGUCAGACGGUUUCCAAAGGAUCUCUGAAUAUUCUUCUGAAUAGUUUAUUAUUUUUUGCUUUCCAAAUAAACCAUAUAAUCCAAGGAUAUGGAUCUUUAUCCACCUCAAGAUCUUCUAUAUCAUUCUUUCUCUAAAAAAGAUAGUCUAUAUUCAUGUAGUGGCUCGUGUUGGGGAAAAUUGAUGACGGAGUUGGGGUUGCUGCAUGUGCUCAUGUUUGUAGCGCUGGGGGACACUCGAAGAUGGCAUGGUUUAUAGUCUCAUCAUCUACUCCACAUCUAGGACAAUGGUUAUUGCUUCGCAUAUGACGAUGUGUUAGAUUACUUGUUACUUACUGUUAGUUAUCCAGAAAUUGUUUGCGAGAUAUAAUGUCUUAGUUUUGGUAGAACUUUUAUUUUUCAAGCAAAAGCUUAGAGUUUUGUAAUACUCGGUUCUCUCUGGGUUUCUACCAUCUCUUUGUUAAGAAUGUUCAAUAUCUUGAUUAACAGUGUACAUCCCAUUUGGAUAUAAUAUACAUUUGAAUAGUUAGUUUCAACUUUUUUACCAAUAAUAUACAAUCAAUAGGUCUAAAUCAUAAAUAUUAUUAUAUACAUGCGAACCCUGAGCUAAAACUUAUGAAGCACCAUAUUUACGUGCCAAACUUUAUACAUAAAUUUACAAAGAUAAAUUUUUUGUAGUGUUAUAGGUUUAAAUACAAUUAAAAAUUCAUGCUUCAUUCGGUCAAAUAUACUGGAUCGAAUUUGAUUAUUUAAAUAUAAAAAAUAGUUUUACCAUAUAUAUAUAAAUAAAUAUUACACACGAAAUUAUAUAGUAUUAUGAAAAAAAUAUUUAGAGGUCUAAGUUAUGAGUUAUGCACAGCAUAUUUAUUCCGGAAAAGGAAAAAGAAAAUGUCAACGGUCAAACCGUAAGAAGGUAAGGCCCCCCAUGUCCAUGUGCACUAAUCGUUUUGUGUUCGUUUUCAAAUCCUUGGAGAAGGAUCGACAUAUAUCAGCCGCCGAUCACGUCCAAAAAUAUAUUUUUGGCCACUUUGAUUUUGGUUUUGAUUCCCAUUUUCUCUUCUCUAAGAAAAUUGAUUAACUUAUAAUGCGUUGUAUUUUGGAUUUCCAUAACUAUCUUGGAGUUCAGUAUAAUAUAUCAAUUUAUUAAUUUUUAUUCAAAAUUGAAAGAUACGAAAAAUCUGAAAUUUCGAUGAUUUUCAAAUCCGACUUCUUAUAAAAUAUUUACUAGUUAUCCCUGAUUCUCUCAAUACAUAUUAUUUUAUUAGACAGUAGAAUGAUGUCUUUAAAAAACUUAUAAAUGUACAUAUCGCCCACUUGUCUAUAAUGUUCGCAAAUCUUGUAAUAAUACAGCCAAAUUGAUAUUGACCAGCUAUUUUAUUUUGAGUUUGUGUUCUUUUUAAAGUCGUGGUCGUCUCUCCAGACACAGUUUUACUGGUGCAUGUAUUAGCUAGCUCCUCACCAACCAAUCUCGUUCUGACUUUCAAAACUUAAUGUUUGCUUUCAAUUUUAGUUUUCAGAAAGAAUUACAAAAUUUAACAUGAGAAGAUAGUAAAAUUUCAUUAAAUAAAACUAUUAGUUAAUUUAAUUACAAUUUAUGUUCUCUGAAUUAAAUAUGGUUAGUCAUUGAAAAAGAAAAUAAAGAUACUAUUAUUUUGUCAACAUCCGCAAAUUUUAUUUAGAUAAGUUGGAGCUUCAUCACAAAAAGACAACCAAUCAUAUCUUAUAUAAUUUCUGAUAUUUAUUUUAGAGAUAAGUUUUGAGAGAUUGUUUUCUUUUAUAUAAUUUUAUGUAUAUUUCAUUUUCUGGUGUUCAUAUUUCAACGAUUUUUUAUUUUAUGUUUUUGCUUUACAAAAAUAUAUAUAAUGUUUAAAAAUUCUCUGGAGACAAGCUCUAAAAACUGCAACAUAUUCUCCAUAUUAUUUAUAUACUGUAAAGAUUUUCUCUAAAGAUAAUCUCUGAGAAACUCUCACCUAUUUAACUACAUAAAAAUCAAAUCUAUAUGCAUAAAACCAAAAGAAAUUAAUAUUCACGUAGUUGGAAGCAAUAUAAAUCGGAACUGAUGGUGAGAUUAACAAAUUAGCAAAAACUUCCUUCAUAUGUAAUUAUCAUUUUUUUUUUCAAAAAAAAAAACAAUGUAAUUAUCAGCAUAUACGACUUUUUCAUACGUCAACGAAUUAACGUAAAAAAAUUGCAAUUGGUUACCUCUACCAAAAGGUUUGACUUUGAGUUCCCAAUAAUAGUAACCAGUACCAAGUAUCAACGCGGUUUAGACAAGAAAACAAUUCCCAGUUUCAUUUCUUUAGUUGCACCCCAUAUAUGUUCAUUUGAUUCCUAAUUUUAUAAUCUGCAUAAUCAAAAGACGAGAGAAACCUAAAGUGACGAAUGCUAAUGGCGUUUUCUGCUUGUCUUCUCUUAGUUUUUCUCGAAAUCUUCUCCGUUUUUUUCCUUAGUCUUGCCCAAGAUCAGUCAGGGUUCAUCAGUCUGGACUGUGGUUCGCCGAGGGGAACGACUUUUCGUGAGGGAACAACAAACCUUACUUACAUCUCGGAUGCGAGUUUCAUCAGUACCGGUGUUGGUAGAAGCAUCAAACAAGCAUACCGGACCCAGUUUCAGCAACAAGCCUGGAACCUAAGGAGUUUUCCACAAGGCAUAAGAAACUGCUAUACCCUAAACCUAACCAUAGGCGAUGAGUAUCUGAUCAGAACAAACUUCUUACACGGCGGUUAUGACGAUAAUCCCACCACGCAAUUCGAGCUCCACCUCGGGCCUAACCUAUGGACUACAGUUUCAACCACAAACGAGACCCAAGCAUCAAUCUUUGAGAUGAUUCAUGUCUUGAAGGCCGACCGUUUACAAAUCUGUUUGGUCAAAACAGGAGACUCAACGCCUUUUAUCUCCGCUUUAGAGCUUCGUAAACUCAAGAACACUACUUACUUGUCUCGACAAGGAUCUUUGCAGCUCUUCAUCAGAGCAGACGUUGGUGCAACUCUUAACCAAGGCUACAGGUACGGAAUCGAUGUGUUUGAUCGUGUCUGGACACCGUAUAACUUUGGAAACUGGUCACAGAUUAGUACCAACCAGACAGUGAAUGUCAACAAUGACUACCAGCCACCAGAGAUUGCUAUGGUCACAGCCUCAGUUCCAACAGACCCGGACGCACCUAUGAACAUUUCCCUAGUUGGCGUGGACAGCACCGUGCAAUUCUACGUUUUUAUGCAUUUUGCCGAGAUUCAAGAGCUAAAGUCCAAUGAAACAAGAGAGUUCAACAUCAUGUACAAUGACAAGCAUAUCUACGGACCCUUCAGACCGCUUAACUUCACAACUUCUUCCGUAUUUACCUCUAACGAAGUUGGUGCCGAUGCGAAUGGAAAGUACACGUUUUCGCUUCAAAGGACAGGAAACGCGACGUUGCCUCCUCUACUCAAUGGCAUGGAGGUUUAUUUGGUUAACUUGCUUCCGGAGCAAGAAACCGAUGGAAAAGAAGUUGAUGCAAUGAUGAACAUCAAGUCGGGUUACGGUGUGAACAAGAUUGACUGGGAAGGAGAUACUUGCGCGCCACGGGCUUAUAGGUGGUCUGGUGUUAAUUGCAGUUAUAUAGACAAUGAGCAGCCUAAGAUCAUUUCUUUGAACUUGUCUGCAAGUGGCUUGACUGGAGAGAUAUUGGAGUCCAUAUCAGACCUUACCAAUUUAGAAGUUCUUGACUUGUCUAACAAUACUUUGACUGGUUCGGUUCCAGAGUUUCUAGUGAACAUGGAAACCUUAAAAGUCAUAAACCUAUCAAACAAUGAGCUAAAUGGUUCAAUCCCUGCAACUCUCCUUGAUAAAGCACGAAGAGGAAGGAUUUCACUAAGUCUCGAAGGAAACACCGGGCUCUGUUCGAUCAUUUCAUGCUCCACCACCAAGAAGAAGAAGAAAAACACGGUUAUUGCACCUGUUGCAGCCUCACUUGUUUCAGUCUUCCUCAUUGCAGCUGGAAUCGUUACUUUCCUUGUCCUCAAGAGGAAGAAGAGAGUCAAGCUUGGUCUUAACCCCAAUUCAGGCACCGGUACAACACCGUUACAUUCGAGGUCUCAUGGCUAUGAAUCUCCAGUGAUAGCCAAGAACCGCAAAUUGACUUACAUUGAUGUUGUUAAGAUUACCAACAACUUUGAGAGGGUUCUUGGUAGGGGAGGUUUUGGUGUGGUUUAUUACGGAGUAUUGGAUAACCAACCUGUUGCUGUUAAGAUGCUCACUGAGUCUACUGCACUUGGUUACAAACAGUUUAAAGCAGAGGUUGAGUUGCUUCUUAGAGUUCAUCACAAAGAUCUCACAUGUCUUGUUGGAUAUUGCGAAGAAGGCGAUAAAUUGUCUCUCAUCUAUGAGUUCAUGGCGAAUGGGGACUUGAAAGAGCAUUUAUCAGGGAAGCGUGGACCGUCGAUACUAACUUGGGAAGGAAGGCUUCGUAUAGCAGCCGAGUCAGCUCAAGGAUUGGAGUAUUUACACAAUGGAUGCAAACCACAAAUAGUUCACCGUGACAUUAAGACAACUAACAUCUUAUUAAACGAGAAGCUCCAAGCUAAGCUAGCUGAUUUCGGGCUUUCGCGGUCUUUCCCACUUGGAACUGAGACUCAUGUCUCCACCGUAGUUGCAGGAACUCCUGGAUACCUUGAUCCUGAGUACUACAGAACAAACUGGUUGACAGAGAAAAGCGAUGUGUUCAGCUUCGGUGUUGUUCUACUUGAGCUAGUAACAAACCGACCGGUGAUAGACCAGAAAAGGGAAAGGUCACACAUAGGUGAAUGGGUUGGUUUGAUGCUAUCAAGAGGAGACAUUAAUAGCAUUGUGGAUCCUAAGCUUCAAGGAGACUUUGAUCCGAACACGGUAUGGAAAGUUGUUGAGACCGCUAUGACUUGUCUGAAUCCGUCUUCUUCAAGGAGACCGACGAUGACUCAAGUAGUAAUGGAACUGAAAGAGUGUCUGAACAUGGAGAUGGCAAGAAACAUGGGUAGUCGUAUGACGGAUUCGACUAACGAUUCUUCUAUCGAGCUGUCCAUGAAUAUCACAACAGAGCUUAAUCCUGGAGCUAGAUAACUCAAGUCUGUAUAAACAAAUCUAUUUGAGGCUGCAAGUUUCUUUGUACACACGUUUCUUUUGCUUUGUUUGUGAUGAACAGUGUCAGCCUUAGUCGUACUCUGUUGCGCUUAAUUGUUUAUUUAAAUAUCAUCGUUUAAAGAAAAAAAAAUGUCAUCGUCUUUAUAUAAAUGAAGAAAGUAAUUGUGAAUUA